AUGCAGCGGAUGGCGCUAGAAUUGGCCGAAAACGAGCCCGAAUCAUACGACUUUCACAGCAACCUCCAGAAGGAAUUGGAGAAAUGCGACCUCAACUAUGUAAGUCGAUCGGUUGAACGCGCUGCUCAAUCCUGAAAUAGUUUGACGUAGUCCAAAAGAACUCUGCUAUCAAAAAAAAGACGAUGUUAAAGUUUGUUUUUACAAAAAAGUGGGGAGGCUUUUUGAAUUGCAUUUACUAACUGUAUCAUUUGGAUUAGCAGAAUCCUGCACUUUUAAUAUAUCUUUAGCUGCAGCCUUACUCGCGGCUAUGCUGGUCAGAUGUGGUUAUCUAGCUCCACCUGAAAAAAACCCCAGCCACCUGUAAUACGGGACCGGUGAUAAUAGGGUGUUUUUGUAGGUGAGAUCUUGGAACGCAGAGGCGAGGAGGUCAAGGAGUUGUACGCAAAAGGAAAGCUAUUGGGGAUGCGUAGUUGUACUUUAAGUGAUUGGGAAUUAGCCAUCCUAACCCUAACCUCUAACCAUAAGCCCUACCUCCAAUCCUUAACCCUAACCGCUAAACUAGACCCCUACAGUAUUAUGCCCAUCAGGUGGGACUACAUAACCACAUCUUACCCGGAUGUUUAGAAUAACUCAACACUGGCAAUCAGUACAUUCGUAGCCACCAGCCCAAACUACAGCUGUAAUAGUGAACACUAAAGACGCGCUGUGGUCCAUUAGUUCCCCGAAGCAGCCAGGCUCUGAAUGUGGGUCAGAGAUCGAACAAACAGACCGAACUCGGUCAAGAAAUGGUGCCAUGAUAUUUAGACAGAGAAGGGGGUAAAUUAAGACGCGCUGUAUUGGCUUAUUCCGCCCUCCCUACGCCAUCCAUAACCAGAUUGCCCCCUGGGACCAGAAGCCCACAUAAGCACAAAUGGGGUCAUCAAACCGAUGUUAGUCAGUUCAUGGUCAUAUGACAUUCUUAGUGGCUGCAAACUUGGCAUUUAUCCAUACAAUACCCUGGAUGUCGACGGACCGGCGCGCGCACAUGCACCAGACUAGGCCGAGAGUGAGAUGCUGGAUACCGCGACCAUCAGGCCUGGUCCCGAAUGGACAGAGAAGGCGGAUGCCAAGUGUGGAGAAUAAUAUAUUUCGUACAGAUUAACCGGAUUAGUUGGAGGUACAGUAGGUGGGUUAACUCAUGAAAUAUCAACCGAAAUUCUGAAAUGUGUCUUCGUUGCAAAAAAAUUAAUUAAGAAGGGUUGUAAAACUAGCCAGCCUGCUGCAUAAUUCCAUAAUAUUUCAGUUACCUCAAGAUGCCGGCUUCCGAAAGAACUUCCUUCGGGCUGCAUGCAAAAACUACGCAAUGCAAAAAAUGACUACUUAUGUGGCAUGAAUUUUUCACAUUGAUUUUCGAUGCCCCUGCAUGUCUGAUUAUAUUUCAUGGAAAAAAUGCAUAAAACUGUGCAUUCUAUCGCUCAUCCCGUAGAAAAUGACGUCUUCUUCCAAUUUUAUACUCGAAAGAGGGGCAUAAUUCAGUUUCAAAAUAGUUUCUAAUUGUGGGACUUUUAAAAACCGUGAAAUGGCCGUUCACAAAUCGUCAUGUCUCUGCACUUACCAAUGUGGCUUGUAAAGUUAACAAUAUGGAUCAAAUCCACUGCUAUGUUUUACCAUGGUCCCAUUUUAUUACCGUUGAGAAAUGUGUGGUUUUCCGUACGCGGACAAUAUGCGGUUUGUAGUUUGAAAAUCCUGUAUCCAAAUGUAACGGUGGAGCGGGUCCAAAAUUAUUCCGGAAUCGAAAAGUUUUUGACAACCGAAUUAUGUCCCUCCUUGGAGUAUAAAAUUAGAAGAGGACGUAAUUUUCUACCGAAUGAGCGAAAGAAUGAGUAUUUUUAUGUAUGUUUACCACGAAAUAUAAUCGGACAUGCAGGGGCAUCGAAAAUCAAUGCGAAAAAUUCAUGCCACAUAAGUAGUCAUUUUUUGCAUUGCGUAGUUUUUGCAUGCAGCCCGAAGGAAGUUCUUUCGAAAGCCGGCAUCUUGAGGUAACUGAAAUAUUACAGAAUUAUGUUGUAGGCUGACUAGUUCUACAACCCUCCUUAAUUAAUCUUUUAGAAACAAAAACGCAUUUCGGAAUUUCGGCUAACAUUUCAUGAGUUAGCCCACCUACUGUAGUUGGCAGCCGGACGUUGGCACGUCAGGCGCGGGGCGAGCGGCAACCCAAGCGUCCGAGGGAAUGCGUCACGGAGCCUGGAGCCAGGACACGUCUGACUCGGCCUUGAAUUUGAUUGGCCAGUCGGAGAACCGAGUGAGCGAAUGGCAGACAGCCCUCGUGCAGACGUCGCGAGAGGCCCAGCGUUCAGGCAGGCGGUCGGAGUAGGGCCACCACAAGUCAGCCAACGCCGACUCCAGGUUUGGCUAACUUGUGUGGACGCAGAGCGUAAGAGAGGAUAACACUGAACGCCGCGCCUAACACCAGACUUCUGUAUGCUCUUGAUCUGAUUUACGAUGAAAUGCCUUUUCAUUGCCAUCGCGAAUAGGGCAUCAUGACUGCAAUCGCGACAUCAAAACUGGCCAUCCCAUUGAUUCCGCUAACCCGCACCGUAUUUAUUGGUCUGCUAUGGCCCCUAACGUGGGAAUACUCAUAACUAGUCAGUGUCUUCCUCGUUUCCACAAAUAAGUGUAGCGUGCGUCAAGGCCGAAGCAAAUUGUGUCAUUAGUCCACCCUCCUGUGUGUAAAACGCAUCGGUCAUUAAGAUUCUAAUUCCCUAGUUUAGGCAGCACCUUAAUAAGCGUUUUCUGUAUUUUGCGAUCUCGCGUUUGAGAAGGGUAGCCUAGGCUGCUGCUACUCAAACUCACUACUGACGAUGCCGCACGGAUAGAGCGCCUAGCACCCAUUGUCAACGUCGCGCCGGGCUGAGACGAACUGGAAACGAACUUGCUCAGCCUCCAAAUACAGACGAGCGAGGCGGCACAAGUUCUUUCUGCUCCACGGCGGAUACGUUAAGGAUUAUAGUGCAUCGUGCUAGUCCACUAAUCAGUUUUGAUUUGGCAUCACGGAGGAUCAUAUUCUCAAUGGGCAUCGGCAUGUUUAGUAUCUUCCAUGGGGAUUUUGCCUUCCGGCAUCUCCAACAUUCACUCGGGUGUUGCAGAAUAGUUCUCUCCUUGUUCUGACUGAUGCCCCCGGGCGCCAUGUCGAUAUUGGCAUGCAUUAUCGCAACGCGAAGACCCAGAUCGUAGUAAGACUCAGCGCGUUGUCUGAUAACCGUCUUCGCAACACCCCCAGAUUGGCUGAAAAGUGGAUUACCAAGCCAGCGCUUCAAAAGACGUGUAGUAUUGCUGAUGAAAAACAGCCAGACACGCCAAUCAAAAGCCCAUAUUCGCACAACAGGACCCUUGAUGACCGGGCCAGUAAGAAAGCAGAAUCUGUCACAUGAGUUUGCCUUUCUAACGGUACAUCCCUGUUAGUUGACCGAGGCGGGAAAGGAUGUACUCCAAAUCGUCAGACAUCAACGUUCUCCAGGCGAUCGCUGGAACAGGAGCUUUGUUCGCCUGACGGUUCGGAUUCCUGCUCGAACCCGUCAUCAGAGACGAUGGCAGAGAUACGGGCGGCUCAUGCACAAGGGGCUGUAGUACUUCUAGGAUGCAGUCCCCAUGCUACUGUAAAUGGCUGCCCACGACGAGUUUUGCCAAACGAAGAAUGUCCCAGUAAAAACGGAAGGUUGGCAGAGCCUCAUUUGAAUGACUUAUGUCGGUACAUAACUUCGGCUCAAACGUCUUUCCUCCUCAACACAAUGGUUUGAUCUUUCGUUCACUGUAUACCUCGAAGUGUCUUUAUGACAAUACACGACAGAUGGCAUAGUCGCCUGUUACAGCCAAAGUACACUUGGGAAAAGUCGGAAUCUGCGACCAGCUUAGCAUCCUAUUCAAAAAAUUCAGUGCAAGGCACUAAACCAUAACGUCUGAGUACCUUAUUGCUAAGUGCGGACCCAUCUACCAAGCCAUCUCAACACUGUUUGUUUUGACUUCCUUCUGAAUAGUACGUGAUGGGAUUCCUUGAGGAUGAAGUAAACUGUGACAACGCUUGGAUAGAUGUAACUGCGAUUCACAUACAGGUGCCGGGGUCCUACCGAUUCUGGGAGCUACUACCACAGGUGAGUCAAUUACUUUCUUAACUCAUGGGACUAUUUCCCGGCUCCUAUUUCUGGACUCAUACGCUGCAAAAACAGCAUUGGACAUUACAGAAACAGCUCUCUUCGUCGUCUAAUUGUUUGUCUUCAUAUCAGCAUCAUAAUGCUACAAAUAUGUUUUUGCUGACAAAAUGAACCUUCAGGAGGACAACAAGUUCCAUCCAAAUAAAAAGUGAUCGGGCAAGUUAUUAUGAUCCUCAUGUUCCGAAACCCUGGUCACGCGAGGGAAUAAGGAGCUAAGUCAGUAAUUUGCACGGGACAGGUAUCCCAAACUGACUGACUUCAUCUAACCUCGGAAUGCGUUUGUAGAACUAUUCGCAAAUUGUUCGUAUAAGGUGGUAAUCAUUCGUCGCCUAUUCGUUUACGACAGCCUCAUCCGGGGAAAAUUCUGAUCCCUGAGAGGAAUCAAGUUCAAUAUGUAGACAUCGUCAGUCUUUAAUUGUUAAUGGCAUAAAGAAAUUAUUAGUUUCUUGUGAUAUCUUGGUGGGAAAUUACGUUUUUCUAAGGGUAUAAGAGUUAUUAGAGCUCGGUAGAAGAGAGAGGGGGAGGAAGAGAGAGAAUAAGCUUCCUAUUGAGACGAAACGGCCUCUAUUCGCCAUGACCAGGCUACAGUUGAGGAAGUACAUUUUUGUCAACACAGUCGCUGGAAGAUGAUUCACUUGACUGGGCCUAGAAAACGGGAAGCACACAUUGUCAGGGAAGGCUUCCGAAGGUGGAUGUAUUAAGUUCAAGCAUAAAUCCGACGUGCAUGAUCCAACUCAGCACUGGGAUGUAAACAUACCAGCAGGAGUGAUGAUUCGGGGUCAAGAUAUCAUGGUCACCCCUCCCCCGCCUCCGAAAUAAGACAGAGUGGAGGAGAGUUCAUGGACUGAAAUCUAUUUGAACUCAUGCCUCAGGAACUUCCCCAUUACCCUCAUCAGAGUGGUGCGGUGGUUAUACCUGCUGACUUUGAUUUACUCGGCUUGCCGCCGGCCUUGUUAUAACCGUGUUGGAUAAACCGGUCUUGAACUACCCACUUACCGCUGACCAGUUUUGAUCUCCCCGAAAUCAAUCGCUGGCAGGCUUGCCUGACUUUUGCCCCCUCUGCAGCCGUCGUAGUUGCAUCCGAGUCGGCGUGCUUGUUGCCGCCCCCUACUCGUCAGCCAACGGACUGAUCGGCCGUUGCUGCCCCUGUGAAUUGAUUUCGGUCUCGUGGGCGCGUUGGUGAGGUAGUGUCCCACGCUGGUCACGUGACAGAACUGCCGCAUUUGCCUAUAUCCAAAUUCGUCAAACUUCUCUAGCUGAAUUUUCCUAUCUGGAGGUUCCCUCUAUCAGUUUAAUGCUUACUCGCAUUAAAGGCAAAACAGCCUUUAUAAUAUCUACUAAUUUUUGCUUCUGCAUGCCCGUUCUAAACGGCUCCAAAUGAACUGUCAGCUAGUAAGAUUGCCGCUGAGCAGGAAUAUGCAAACAUCCAACACACUUCACUGACAAAUAAUGAGGUUACGCCUUCUUUUACCCAAUCUCCCCUCUAGCUGUUAUCUGGUAAGAAUGUCGAGGCGAAGUGGGAGGAUCUGGGCAACCUGCCGCCAAUCCGUGAAAGUCACUUCAAGGCAAUAGCAGUUUUCAAUGAAAAGCUCAUUCGCGCAUAG